AUGGCCGAACAAGAAACCGGGAAUGCAGAAUGGGGAGGCGUCCUACUAUACCCCCGGUGUGUAUCCCCCUGCGGGAGCGCAGUGUGCCGGGGCCGAGGCCGGAGCUCUAAGAAGGAACACAGGAAAGACGCGGUCAGAGCCGGUCACAGAUUCGGCUUCAAUGGGUCCAUGAGUGAGAUGGAGCGCGGCGGAGGACACCGGAGGGGCGGCAAGAAGAGGCGAGGUGGCUGGCACCAUUUCGCCAUCCGGGACCGCCAGCAGUUCCAACGUAAACGCAAGAAACACACUUUGUCGUACGUGGAGGAGGAGCGGCAGAGGGGCCAGCGCUUCAGCGAGGAGGAGAACGAGGCCCUGGUGGUGAACGUCCUCCUCCAUUACAGAGACCUGUGCGGUCAUUCCGCCAUAAAAGGGAGCGCCACCAGGAAGAGGCGGCUGUGGCAGGACGUGGCCGAUAAAGUCAACAGCGUAGCCACAACGUACAGGACCAUCGAGGUGUGCAAGAAGCGCUACGGCGACUGCAGGCGGGCCGUGAGACUCAAGAUGGCCGCCUUGGAGCAGCAGGCGGAGGGCGGGGGCGACCCCAACGAGCAGAUCAGGUUCAACAGCUGGGAGGAAAAACUGCGGCAGAAGAUCUCCUCGCUGAUGUCUGGAGGGCGACAGGAAGUGAUGGAAAAUCUCCACCACCAACAUAAUAGCAGUAAAAACCUGGCAAGGGGUCUAACCCUCCCCCCACGUUUUUGGCUUGACAAGCUCGAUGGUCUCAGAACACGUCAUGGAACAACAAGAGUCAGUUGCUCAUAA